GGUCUGACGUCACGGUUCAGUCCAGUUUUACUAAAUCCUCUAAUGUUUUUUUUGUUUGGCGCUUGGCUAAUGAUUUCAAAUGUGAACAAGAAAGCAAACAGUUAAUUAAGGCUCCUCUAUUCGCGUAUUUACGGCACACGGAUCUUCCAAUCCCGCAGCGCUUUCUCCUGCCUGCGGUCACAGCUUGUUGCCAGAACUUCAGUAACGCGGAGACGCCGGAUUUCUUUCUUAUUCAUUCAUGCUCUGCGGCUUUUUCUUCAUUUAUUUCACAUUUAUUUUGCAAAGCAUCACGCUGAGGCGCACGUCCAGUGUUCUGUAGUCUUCCUCCAAAUCCAUCUGUCCUGGUUUAGGCUGUUUUUUUUCUGUGGAUCGUCAGAGAGCACUGAUCCAUCAGCCGACGUUAAGACCUUUGGGCUUUAAGGAUAAGAUUCUUAUUUAUAAACAGUUAUAUAACCAAGUGAACGGGGCUAUAGGCGUUUUGCGCGCACGCCGUUCCUGGAUGUCAGACUUCGUAUUAUCUACAUUAUAAAAAUAUUCUGUUAUAGCAAGCCAGUUCCUGUCCGUGUUCAUGCCAGAUCUGCAGCGCUUCAGUUUUCCAUACCAUAGCAUGAAUCCUUUGUUGGGGGCCAACGCGCAUCUCCAACAGCAUCCGCAGCAGAACCAGGCGCCCGGACACCCGGACUCUCCCUCAGGUCUCCUUCCCGACGCUGUUUUCGGUGCACCGGACCCGGCGUCCCUUCUGCUGGGUGAGCAGCCCGGCCCGGGGCCUGACCAGGCGGGGCCUGACUUCACCGCACCCUCGCAGUCUUCACCUUACAUCCAUCACAGCAGCCACUAUCAGCACCGCCCUGUGCCGCAUCCCCCUGCUGCGAUGGCUCUCAGAAACGACCUGGGCUCCAACAUCAGCGUCCUCAAAACUCUCAACCUGCGCUUCAGAUGCUUUUUGGCUAAAGUGCACGAAUUAGAGCGCAGAAAUAAGAUUCUGGAGAAGCAGCUGCAGCAGGCGCUGGACGCCAACAUGGGCUGCCAAGGUGGAUGCUGUGAGAACCAGGCGCACACCCAGGAGGUAAGCGUGCAGACGGGAUUUGUCGGAACGAUACAGCUUAGGCCCGGCUCCCUGCCCUUCCACAACACCAACAACUCAGCCAGGAGGCCUACGACACUGUUCACAACGCCUCUCGCGCCAGCCCUGCCACCUGCAGCCUCUGAAAACUCGAGUGCAACACAAACAAAUGCCGCUUGUAACCCAGCCAUCACCAUCAGCCUAUCCUCCCCCUGUGUGGACUCCCCGGGAUCUGGCUCUAAAACGGGAACUAACAACAGCACAGGUCCAGGAGCCUCCACCAACCCUCCUCCACGGUUCCUUCCGGGCACAAUCUGGUCCUACAACCACACCCGCAAGUUCGGCCCCGGUGCUGAGCGUCUGACCAGCCCAGGAGUAUCCUGGGUGCACCCGGAUGGAGUUGGUGUCCAGAUUGACACCAUCACCCCCGAGAUAAGAGCCCUGUACAAUGUCCUGGCUAAAGUGAAGAGGGAGAGAGAUGAGUAUAAACGCAGAUGGGAAGAGGAAUACACUAUGAGGAUGGAUCUGCAACAGAAGAUUGCAGACUUACAGGAGGACCUGCAGGAGAGCGAAGGCUGCCAGGAUGAGCUGGUUCGCAGGGUUCAGCAUCUGAAUACGGAGCUGGUUGUCUUCAAAGGGCUCCUGAGCAAUAAUUUGUCAGAUUUGGACAGCAAAAUCCAGGAGAAAGCGAUGAAGGUGGACAUGGACAUCUGCCGCAGGAUCGACAUCACUGCUCGUUUGUGUGAUGUGGCCCAGCAGAGGAACUGUGAAGACGUCAUCCAAAUGUAUCAGGUUCCUAAUAACCAACCAUCGCUAAACUGCCGCCGUAAACAAACCCCUCUAUCCUUUAACGGGAAUGAGUGUGACGAGCCCGUCAGCACCUCCGAAAGUGACGGAGCAGUGGUUAAAGACGAGGAGCACUGUGGAUCUGCUGCUAAUCAGAUCAAUGAGGAGAUGCAGAGGAUGCUAAACCAGCUGCGUGAAUGUGAGUUUGAGGAUGACUGUGACAGUCUGGCGUGGGAGGAGACUGAAGAGACGCUGCUGCUUUGGGAGGAUUUCCCAGGAUGCACUUUGCCUCCAGAUCCCACCCACCCACCGGGAGAGCAGGAGGACUGUCUGGAAAAGGUGAUUAAUGACACAGAAUGCCUUUUCAAAUCUCGAGAGAAGGAAUACCAAGAGACCAUUGACCAAAUUGAGCUGGAACUGGCCACAGCUAAGAGCGACAUGAACCGACACCUGCACGAGUACAUGGAGAUGUGCUCGAUGAAGAGAGGCCUGGAUGUUCAGAUGGAGACCUGCAGGAGACUCAUCACACAGAGCGAAGACAGUCCAUCUGCUGUGCCUCCACCCGCUGAGGAGAGUGAACAGAGAGAGAACGACAAGGCGUCAGUAUCUCCACCUUCUUCCUCGAGCAGUGGGAGAACAUGACACAUGCUCACUCCAGCGUUAACAGCGGCCGUGGUCACGUGAUCUCCAUUGCAUCCAUGACCACACCGACACAAUGGGCGCUGACUACGUGACUACGGCAACACCAUGUUUACGUACUUAUUUGAUGAGUCAUUUCUUUUUCUGGACACUUUGGAAAGUGAGAUGGAAGUGACUGAGCGAGGAAGUCUGUCAUUGUGCUUCAUUUUGUGAUGAUUCAGUAGGUUGAAGGACCUAGGUUCAACUGACUGUAAGUGUGGUUACAGGAAGACAUAGCAUGACUUAUUCAUUAUACACAAACGGACACAAGCUAAAACAAGGAUAAUGUAAGCAUCUUAAACUCAUCUCUGAUCUGCUUUUAUGGUCACUGAAGCUCUAAAAGUUCAAUUCACAUUUACAGGAAUAUUUCCAAGAAACAAUGAAGAUUCAGUCUUAAAAUAAUAUAACACUGAAUUUUUGAAUUUGAAUCUUUAUCCACACAUGUAGGUUUAAUAAGAAGCCACGAGAGAGCAUUUUACUGGCUUGCAGCUGCAUUCACAGUUCACCAUAUCUCUUGCAUAAACGAUAAUAGAAUCACAGGCAAUAGAAUCUGGGGCAAUAAAUGAAAAGUUAAAGAUAAAGGAGAAAAACGCAAACAUUACGUGCAUUUUUACUGGAGCAACAGAGUUGAGUCUUUGACUACCAACAGGCCUCCUUCCAAUAAAGUGAGGUGUUUUCUAGAUAACAAGGAAAAUGUAUGCAAAAACCUUAAAACUUCAGAUUUUCAAGUCAUUUCAAAGUGAUUUAAAAAAAAAAAAACUAAAAUCCUGAGAAGUUGCUCUUCAGAUCUGUGGUGUUUUGUGUUCCUAAGCCUUAAACCAGAUGAUAUAAGAGUUUGUUUCUAUUCUUCUCCUGAAGCCCUUGAUCAAAUAUAACAGAAGUUAAUUGGGAAAGUUGAAUGUCACUCCUCUCACUCGGAUGCCUCCAGUUCAGAAAGUGUACAUGUGUUCGCUUUGACGACCACAUUGUUUGAAAAAUGGCAGUAAAAUGUUGGCUAUAAGAAAGCUGUGGGCCUCCUGGCAGAUUUUUCAUCAGAAUUUUUGUGACAAAUUCUUAAAUAUUUUGAAAAACGUAAAAAUGAGUAGUAGUCGUCUGACCACUGAGCUGGUCGAUUUGGUGCAAGAACACUGUUUCUAUAAUGAUGUGGGAGAAGAUAUGCAUUGACAAAGAACAAUAAUGCAGAAUUUAGUCAAGGAUAACAUGGCAAAAGCAAAAAAUCCAAAAAAUGAAAUCAAGAUUUUGGCCUCCGUAACCUGCGAGCUACAUCUGUGACACAGCGGAGGCUGAUUUGUUCCUUGGCUCAUUUGGACACAUUCGUUUACCCUAAAUCUGUAAAUAAAUGGCCAAAUUAGCUUAUAUUUCCUGUGCAGAUGCAAAAACUUUUAACAAUAAUACAACAUAGUCACAGUAGUAAGUCGCAUGUCUAUAUCACCAUCUUUAUGGUAUCAGCCUGAGGCAGACCAAACCACCCUGCUGUUCACAGAGAAUUCCAACAUUGAUCAUCCUGACGAUGUCGUAGAUGAUGUUGGAGCUCCAAUCAUUUCAUAUGAGUCACAUCUGGAAUACCACAAACACCGUAGUCUGUUUUGAACUUUGUAGUUUGCGGGAAAGGUGAGGGAGCAAUGACCACCGUGUCGCGAGGAAGUUGUUUUUUAGUUUUGAACAUAACCGUAGUCUCUGUCUGCUGCACUUCAAAGACCGACUAAAGUACUGGAUGAUAGAGUCACUCAAGGGUCAUAAUGGGAUUGGUGCAAUACUCUGUGGCCCUCCUGAUGUUAUCCACACAGUUGGUGCUCAGCUUACCCAUGACAAAGACAACCUACACAGUUGGUGGGAGAGAGUGUGACUAUUGCCCUGCAGGUAUGUAUUCGACUGAUUGUACAACAUGUGAACACUGUCCUGCUGGAACAUACACAACUGACUGGAACUAUGAAGACGAAUGCCAUCGCUGCUUUGAAGACUGCAACCCUAAGUUUCAUCUUAAAGUGGUUCAGAACUGCACCAGUACGUCUGAUAUGAAAUGUGACUGCGAGGAUGGUUUUAGAUGCACCAGGUGGACCCGAGAGAGAAACUGCAUGGCUUGUGAAGAAGAUGCCAGACAACUAAAACACAAAUGCUUUAGUGAUUUGUGUUUUAGCAUGUUUUUAGCAUGAUUCCUGCGAUGUUGUAAGCAUGAAGGUGUGUUUAAAGAGCUCAAGGAAGUCUGUCCACAGUUACACACUAAAAAGAAAAAGCAUAAACUUCUAUUAAGGCACAGAAAUCUGUUUGCUCUAUUUAGCUUUUCAGGGGGAAUGAUGGCAGAGGAAAAACAAAGCGUUUUUGAUUUCCUUCUUCACACAUGAUAAAGCCCUACUUCAAAAUAUUUUUAUUUUAGAAAGUUUCACCACAGAAUAUGAUGAUAAUCAUGUAAAACUCCAAAUGUGUGACUUCACAGUUUUAAAUAUUAAGAAAAAGUAACUGUGGCCAAAAAGCUUCACUGCAGAGCUGCUGCAUGCAAUAUGUCAAGAAAGACGAAUGAAUAAAAGAUGCAACUGAGCAACAACAA